AUGAAUACCUUUCUAUAUUGUGGAGCAGGAGAACUUAUAACACAGCAAUGCAAUGCAGUAUAUCGUGCAAUGUGCGAUCUUGAAUGGUAUAAACUGGAAUCGAGGAAGGCAAGAAGUCUUAUUUUGUUGAUGAUACGAGCUAAAUAUCCUUUUCGUAUCACUGCAGGGAAGAUUUUUCCUUUAACAAUGGAAACUUUUUGCAAUAUAUUAAAAUCAUCAUUGGGCUAUAUAUCAUUUUUAUUGUCAAAAAAUGGCUAA